AUGGGCAGAUUCGACAAGAAUUCUGAAGAAACUAGAGUUCGAACUGCAGCAAUGGAGGAAAAGAUUAUGGCUAUGCUUGCAAAAAUGGACGAAAAGGUGGAUGCAAGAAACAAGGAAAUGAAGGAGAAAAUAGACGCAAAAAUGGAAAAAUUGGACGAAAAGAUAGACAUAACAAAUAAAGAAAUGGAUAAAAAAAUGGACGUAAGAAAUAAAGAAAUGGAUGAAAAAAUGGGCGCCAGAAUAGAAGAAAUGAACGAAAAUAUGGAGACAAAAGAUCGCAAAAUGAAUGCAACAAUAGCAGAAGUGAACGGAAAAAUGGAAAUAAUGGACGUGAAAAUAAAUAAGCAAAUCGCCUAA